CAGGCGCCGCUGAAUCAGUUCGUUGCAAAUAAUACUAUUGAACAGUGCGGUUAGAUCGUCUCCAGAAUGGAAGACCCCAACAUAAUCUACGGUGGUCCCCUGCCGUCGGAUUGUAAUCGAGGCUGCAGCUCCCUGGGAGAACUCAUUAUCCGACAGCUAGCGAAGGAAUCCGACAAGUUGGCCCUUAUCAAUGGGGUCAAUCACCUGCAGCUGACGUACGGUGCAAUUUUGGACCAAUCGUUGGCAAUAGCGGGAUUCCUGAGCGAACUGGGGAUCCAACGAAAUGAUGUUGUUGCUCUGUUAAGUGAGAAUCGUUUCGAGUACCCGGUCACGAUAUUCGCUGCGUUUUAUUUGGGAGCAAGUGUGGCGUUAUUUAACCCUGUUUAUACACAACGUGAGCUUGAGCAUGCAAUAAAAGUGGCAAAACCAAAAGUUGUCUUCGUAUCGGCGCAAGCUAAUUUGGUCGCGCAGAAGGCUUGCAUGAAAAUUCGCCGACCAGUGAAAUUUGUGCAUUUCGAAAAUGGGGAUAGUAAAUAUACCUGGCACAAAUGUUUGGAAAACUCCGAUCGCAAACUUCAGCAGCACAGUUUUGUACCGGUUGCGGUGAACACCGGGGAACAAAUAGCCCUGAUAGUCAUGUCUUCCGGUACUACUGGUUUACCGAAGGCAGUUCAGAUAACGCAGCAGAAUUUGAUAUCCACUUUUCCUAUCACAGAAGAAUUCCUUACAAGUACCAAUCAAACCGAGUCGGUGUUUGUUGACGUUAUUCCAUGGUUUCAUGUCGCAGGAGGAGUGUCGAUGAUCAAUUGGUUGAUCAAUGGUACGCGAUUGGUUUUUUUGCCAAAGUUUUCUCCAGCGAACUACCUCAGAUGUAUACAGCACUAUCGCCCGAACAUGCUGAAUAUAGUGCCACCUAUCGCAGUACUACUAGCCAAGAGUCCUAUUGUGAAUCAAUUCGACGUUUCUUCAGUGAAGACGAUCAUCUGCGGUGCGGCUCCCUUAAGCCGAGAGGUAGAAGAUUUGGUUCGAUCUCGGUUGAAGGUUCCCUCGAUUCGUCAGGCUUACGGAAUGAGUGAAACUACUCUGGCCGUUCUCGUUCAGAUGGACGCAGAGAACAAACCCGGCAGCGUGGGACGUAUUCGGGCCGGUCAGUGGGUCAAAGUGGUCGAUACAGAAAGCGGGCGUCCCUUGGGGCCGUUCCAAAGCGGAGAGUUGUGCUUCAAAGGAACGCUGAUCAUGAAAGGGUACAUUGGGAAUGAAGAAGCUAUCGAUGGAGACGGCUGGCUGCACACGGGUGAUAUUGGGUACUACGAUGAUGAGAGGGAUUUUUACAUCGUCGAUCGGUUAAAGGAGUUGAUUAAGUAUAAAGCCUACCAAGUGCCCCCAGCAGAGCUGGAAGCUAUUAUACUGUCACAUCCAAAAGUAAAAGACGCUGCCGUAGUUGGGAUGCCGGACGAACGGGUGGGAGAAUUGGCUGUUGCUUUUGUUGUACCUACGGAUGGAGAACGGGUAGCAGAACAGGAAAUUGUAAGUUUAGUUGAAAGACAAGUGUCGGAACAGAAAUGGUUGCAUGGUGGAGUACGAUUCAUUGAAGAGAUACCGAAAACUGCGAGCGGAAAGAUUUUGAGACGGAAGCUGCGAGAAAUCGCUAGAAACAAAGCGAAAUUGUAAUCACACAUUAUGUGUAUAAAAUGUUUUUCAUGAGAUUAUGUUCCACUUAAUAAAAUUUCAAUUUAAGUCUUGAGAAACAUGGGUGUCAUACUGGUCGGGAUUAUUUUUGACGUAGGACUACGUCUUUCAUUUCUAUAC